AUGGUCUGCCUCCUCGCAAUCCUUUUAUACACUGGCCAAGAGUUGUCGCAAAAGGAUCGCCUCGUCAUCACGACUUCAGAGGAUAGGUCUCCUUCUUAUGGCAGCUACAGAGUUAAUUAUAAUCAACUGUUUCCAGUCCCUGGCGAGAACUCCGGUAUUUACAGAACUUUGGUCGACGUAGAUGGACCCGGCACUUAUAUAACGGUAUAUUGCUCGAACAAAGUAUCAAUCAACGAUUUAUGGAGGUUUGUUAGCAACGGCUUGACCAGUUUGCAAGGUCGCCUCGAUGAAGGAUUUAGCAACGAUGAAAUUUCAGAAUCCGAAUGCCUCAGACAUGUGAAUAACCUCUACUUCGAACCAAAGGAUGAAGCUCCGACAGGUGGAGUUCAAGGGGUUGGGGUAGCAAGACCACGUCCAUUACCUGUUGCAAAGAUUAUUCGGUCGCGUCAAUGUACGGAAAGACUUUUAAUCAGUCUAGUCUAUCAACAGAAAAUUUUAUCCGCUAAUUGGUAUGGAUUCAUGACGACGUACCGUGAUACACGUCUCCCAACAAUAAAAUUUAACGUGCCAGUAGAAAUAGCGGAUGCAGUUCUAGAUAGCCAAUUUAUCAUGCAAAAAGUCGAAAUAGACUUUGAAAAGGGACUGGCGUGGAAUCAGGGCAAGUUGCAACUCUUUAGACGAGAAAGUUACCGGCACUUCUGGAUGGAGCAGACUUUGGUUGGGUAUGAGCCAUAUACCGGAAUUCCCAUAACCGAGUUCAUUCAAGCAAAUAAUGCGCAGGUCAGAAACUUCAUGAAAGCAUUCACCAAAUGGAAAUGUGCCAAAAGAUGUGUGCCUGACUGUCUCCGGAUCCGGAAAAUAGCUUCCCUUGGACUCAACGCCUGUCGCAAGUAUAGAUACGAACACCUACGAGUCAAGGUGGAAAAGCUUGUUCCAGUAGCGGCAGUUGGCGUUUUGUAUGGGGUCAAAAUUCGUAGACCGACUAAAUGGCCCGAAGAAGGUUUUUCGAGCCGGCUUUAUCACGAGUUCUUGGAAAGAGGGGAUAUGGAGAGAGAUUAG